AUGUUCGGACGAUUGGGCUCGUUUUGGGAUGGAACUCUGAGGCUCUGCACGGCAGGAGCGCGCUGCCGGGGCGGGAUGUGCGCCCAUCAUGUCGACGGGUGCGGCAGGGAGAGUGGAAAGGAAGAAGAAGAAGAAGAAGAAGAAGGAGAAGAACUAGAGAGCGAGGCGGGCAUGACACAGACGGGCGGCAUGUCGAUCGUCCUUCUAGAAGCAGGCCGGAGAGUCGGCGUGUCCGGGAGUGUCGAGACGCCAAAGACGUCACAGCCGGAGGGUGCUCGACCAAGGACGGAGAACUGA